GGGGCAGCUAAAUGUUUUCUCUUGUUUAAUGUCUGCAGGAAAGUCUCCCUCCCCGUUGUUACGUCACUCUCCCAGAAUGCCUGGGUUCCAGCGCGGUGCCCCACAGUCCAGGCCCAAACUCCAAGAAACAGCUUUCAAACUUAUCCCACUAUGUCGUCGUGAAGCGCAAAACGAAAGCUGGGCAGAAAGCUGGAAAGACAUGCAUCCGGUAUGUAAUGACGGUGGACUAUCCAGGCUCUUGGUCAGCGUCCUGCGCAGCUGCAGAGCCACCAAUUUCCAUGUAAUUAGACCAUGUUUCACCAGGAUAAUCUCAAAGGGCAUGUUUAUGAGGACCUCCCAGCCAGUAGGCAGCUUUUCCAAUGCCAGGAUUGUGGAAAACAGUACAACACCCAGUUGGGUUACAAACGCCACCUGGUUGCCUUCCACAGCACUACUUCGGGCCAACAAUGCAUGAAGGAGUCUGCAGCUAUGUUGGAGAACCUGGCUGAACAUAGCGACACGCCUCUCUCAACAGAGGAAAGCCCUAAUGUGCCAUUGAGAGAGAGGAAGUACUCAUGUGAACGAUGCGACCGGCGGUUUUAUACCCGCAAGGAUGUACGCCGUCACGCUGUGGUGCAUACUGGUCGCCGUGACUUCCUUUGCCCGUGCUGCGCACAACGAUUUGGCCGCAGAGACCACCUGACCCGCCAUUUGAAAAAGAGCCAUGCACAGGAGUCUGGUUUGAUGCCACCAUCUACUCCCAGCACUCAUGUAGCUCCUCAGACCUCAACCAACCCCUGUCCAGUCAAAGAAGAGCCGAGUCCAGAGUCUUCUACGAUAAGUUCUGCCACUAAGGAUACCUCUGAAGCUUUUACCAGGGAAAUGAGCACUUCCUACACCUUGACAAAUCUAAUCCCUGCUAUGGGGCAUCCUCAUGGACUCGUCCAAGGGUCCUUGUCCUCAAGCAUGGGUGUAGGACAUCAUCUGACUACACAUUCUUCCCACUCACUUCGCCAUGGUCUUCAGCCACCAGCAGCGUCACAGCAGCAACCCUAUGGUAACAUGUCACAAUAUCAGUACGGGCCUUCCUCAUAUCCGCGCUCUGACAUGGAGAGCUUCCUGCUGGACUUUCAGAGUAACCCUUCACCUCAACUAAGCACGAUGAAUUCCUCCAUUUCUGCUUCACCCCAGAAGCAAAUUUUGGGUGACGGGCCGGACGUCGGUGGGGACACGCAUGCAUUACCUAGGACCCCUGCUAUCUCUAAUGAUUUGCCAUGCAACACUAACGUGGACCUUGGGUCGCUGCUUAGCUUUUUGCCUUUCAGCCUGCCACCUUAUAACCCUCACAUGGGGUUAGUGAUGGGCUAUCCACCAUCCUCCUCCCCCACUUCCUCUCCAUCUUCUUCAUCAGGGUUCUCCUCCCAAGCACCAGGGCCUUUCACUUUUUUCCAGCCCCCCCAGUCCCACGCACCACAAGGCUCAGGAGUUUUUAACCACAGCCAGCUACCUCAGUCAUAUAGUCCUGCUGUAAGCAAUUCCAGCUCCCUACCUCACUAUUACCAUGCUUUUCAGCAGUAAACAGCUCUUUUCCUGAAGUAUUCAUAUGCACUUGUUGUAUAUAUUGUUGUACAUAUUAUUUGAAAACGAGCAUCCAAGCAACAAGUCACCUCAUUAGUAUUACCUCAUAACUGAAAAGAUUUGAAUGUUUUAGAAAAUUCAGCUGAGAUUCACUACCUUCCCAACCCUCAAAAUCCUUCCACUUUUAACAUGGAAAAUGUUUUAAUGUUUGAAUGCAGACACGUAACCUCUAAAAAA